ACCAAGGAGUAGUCGUCGGUCCAGGAGUCCAGAUUUCAUAGGAAGUAGAGGCGAGCUGCACUGCAGACUGUAGCUAUGGGCAAGCACUCUGCUACUCUCUGUGGCCUUCUGGUUGUUGUGCUUUGUCUCGCCUCCAGCUUAGCACAGGCUCAAAUUCUUUUCCAGGGGUUUAAUUGGGAAUCGUGGAAGACACAAGGCGGGUGGUACAAGUUCAUGCAAGGGAAGGUGGAGGAGAUCGCCAGCACCGGCGCCACCCACGUCUGGCUCCCCCCGCCGUCGCAAUCCGUGUCGCCGGAGGGCUAUCUGCCGGGGCAGCUCUACAACCUCAACUCCAAGUACGGCAGCGGGGCCGACCUCAAGUCGCUGAUCCAGGCGUUCCGCGGCAAGAACAUCUCGUGCGUCGCCGACAUCGUCAUCAACCACCGCUGCGCCGACAAGAAGGACGGCCGCGGCGUCUACUGCAUCUUCGAGGGCGGGACGUCCGACAACCGCCUCGACUGGGGCCCCGACGAGAUCUGCAGCGACGACACCAAGUACUCCAACGGCCGCGGCCACAGGGACACCGGCGGUGGCUUCGACGCCGCGCCCGACAUCGACCACCUCAACCCGCGGGUCCAGAGGGAGCUCUCCGCCUGGCUCAACUGGCUCAAAACCGACCUCGGCUUCGACGGAUGGCGCCUCGACUUCGCCAAGGGAUACUCCGCGGCCAUGGCCAAGAUCUACGUCGACAACAGCAAGCCGGCGUUCGUCGUUGGCGAGCUCUACGACCGGGACCGACAGCUGCUCGCGAACUGGGUGCGGGGCGUCGGCGGGCCGGCCACGGCGUUUGACUUCCCCACCAAGGGCGUUCUCCAGGAGGCCGUCCAGGGCGAUCUGGGGAGGAUGCGCGGCAGCGACGGCAAGGCGCCCGGUAUGAUUGGGUGGAUGCCGGAGAAGACCGUCACGUUCAUCGACAACCACGACACUGGGUCGACGCAGAGGCUGUGGCCAUUCCCCUCGGACAAGGUCAUGCAGGGCUACGCCUACAUCCUCACACACCCGGGCAUACCAUGCAUCUUCUACGACCAUGUGUUCGACUGGAAACUGAAGCAGGAGAUCACCGCACUGGCUACGGUCAGGUCAAGGAACGGGAUCCAUCCGGGUAGCACACUGGAUAUCCUCAAAGCCGAGGGCGAUCUCUAUGUUGCCAAGAUUGGGGGCAAGGUUAUAACCAAGAUCGGGUCAAGAUACAAUAUUGGCGACAAUGUGAUCCCCUCGGGUUUCAAGAUUGCAGCUAAAGGCAACAACUAUUGUGUCUGGGAGAAGAGCGGCCUCUGAAUUCAUGCUAGUGAAAGGAAUCGGUUCUAGUUUUUAAACUGAUAUCUAAGACUGGCAUGAUUUAUGAAAUUAAUUAUUUCGAAUUUGGUUAUAAAUGUACUGUCCUAUGAAAAUAAUUGAACACACUGCAUUGUGUUAUCCCUGAAGAAAUGUGGGUUGACUGAUAUUUCAA